ACGGCGCUCUCCAGUCAGUCUGUUGCGUUUCGCGUUCCGUGGCUGUAUUGCGUACGGCGGCGUACGGAGUUUGCUGUUUGCGCUUGGGCGAGUGCCGCGAAUAUCUAAAGCGCGUGAAAAGCGUGACUGCUUGCGUGCGUGCGUGUGUGUGCAUUAAUUUGGGGCGCAAAAAAGCACGGCAGGAAGCAAGAAAGAGCACUUCGUGCACCGUGAAACGUUAACAAACAACCAAAACGCAACGGCCACAGUAUGGAUAACAGCCCACCGCCACCAUCCGCGCUGAACAACUUCCGCAUCCUGUACCUCGUGACGCAGCUGGUCGGCAUCACGAUCAUCAUCCUGGUGAGCUGCUGGAUCGGCAUCCACCUGAACGGGCUCGGCUGGUCCGCCCGUCCAUCAGUUCAGUUCAACUGGCAUCCGCUGCUCAUGUCCGUCGGCAUGAUAUUCCUCUACGGCAACUCGAUCCUAAUCUACCGUGGAUUCCGGUACGCACGCAAGAAGCCGCUCAAGAUUACGCACGCCACCAUCCACGGGGCGGCCUUCAUCUUUACCGUGGUCGCACUGGUUGCCGUCUUCGAUUCGCACAAUCUGGCCAAACCGAACCCGAUCCCGAACAUGUACACGCUGCACUCGUGGGUUGGACUGUCCGCCGUGAUACUGUUUUCGCUGCAGUAUGUGUUUGGAUUUGCGGCCUACCUUUUCCCGGGGGUACGUGAGCAGCUACGCGCCUCCUACAUGCCGGUGCACGUGUUUUUCGGCGUGGCUGGAUUCGUGAUGGCGAUCGCGGCCGCACUGCUGGGGCUGCUGGAGAAAGCCAUCUUCUCUGUCAAAGACUAUUCCGCACUGCCACCGCAAGCCGUACUGAUCAACACGAUCGGCAUGCUGUACAUCGUGUAUGGUGGGCUGGUCGUGUUUCUCGUCACCGAGCGUCAGUACAAGCGGCACCCGCUGCCGGAGGACGUGAUGCUACUGACGCACAGUGCUAGCGUUGGCUCGUCGUAAAUGCGCCGGACAGUUUCGCGUGACAACAUCUGGAUCUCUCACCCCAUUCACACACGCACAGCAACAUUCCAACCCACAAGGUGUACAGAUUGGAAUCGAAUCUAGCGAAGCACCCUAUGCCCAAUCGAAGCAUUAAAUAGUGUAGUGUUUGACCCAUCGAACAGGUGCAUUUGUGGCAGAGCCCCGCAAAGGGCGCAGAGCACAGACCUUUACUCUUAUUCGAGUGUGUAUUAUUAGUCAUUAUGAGAAAACGUGUAUAUGUAUGUGUGUGUAUAUAUAUACUUAUAGCACAAAGUACUUAGCUAAAGUAGAGCGAGAAACAAAAAAGAAGAUAAAAAGGACCCCUUAAAAAGGGGAGAUCCGGCAUGCUCAAUACCGUUAAACCCUCAAUCCCGUAUGGAGAAGCAGUACUUUUGCUGCGUUUUUAUUGCUUCAAACAAGGGCGAAAGUAAAUAACUGUCCUUUACGUUACAUUCGAGAAGCGUUACGUGCGAAAUGAAAUUCCCAAGCUGCCUUUUGGUUGAACGAGUAAGAGAAAUAAUAGAAAAAAACUAUAAAUAGGAUUUAAUAAGAUUAAAGCCUGUUCUGUCUAGUACUUUUCAUUAUAUGGUCAUGUUGAGGGCUAGUGAAAGACCAAUAUUUUGAAAUUUGAGUUUAAAAACCCCAGAUAAGUGGGUGAUUAACGAUUAAGUGUCGCUUUAAAACAACUAUGGGUUGACCUGUAUACUAUUCUGACCAAUAAUUCGUUGUGUAAUUACUCAUACCAUCCAGUACAAGUUUUUCCAAGAAGUUUUGGAUGCUUGCUUGGGUUUUUUUGUUGAUUUAAUUUUGUUUUAGAUUAGACUCACAAUAUUUGUUACCAUUUUCUUAAAAUGUUUAGAUUCGUUCCUAACUGUAUUGAUUGUUUUCCAAAAAUAAAAUGAAUUAUUGGUUUCAAAAAUCAUGCAACGAUGCCAAAAAAUCGUAGGAAUGGUUUAAAAAUAUAAGGAAAGUGGUUAAAGUUGUGAAAAGAUUUCAAAUAGUUUUGGAAAACACCUUAAAUAAUUAUUUGAUGGAACACCCUAAAACUCCCUGAAAAACAAUAAAAAAGGAAACCUUUUUAAUCUCGACAACUAUAACAAACGUGCAAACCAAAACUGCUGCUUGGGUUUGAGGCUUACAAGCGUUACGCGUAACGCUUACACCAACGUAACGUAGAGGGCUACUGUUUUCCUUUCCCGACCCGUCCUUACAAUACAGACAAACGGCUAAUCUAUAUUCUAAUAAAACCAUAUUAUCAAAACUCAA